GAAAGCGUGCACUGUUUUGUGAUUUGCAGCUCUGCUUAUUUAAAAGCAAACAUUUAGCGAAAAUCCUUUUUCUUUCAACUUUAAAAAAUCUGGUAAAAACGAAAGCCGACAACUGUUUUGAAAUAUCAACAAUUCUAAGAGGUUCUUCAUAGAAAUUAAAUAAAAUGGAUAAAAACAGCGCAGCGUUGUAUAAAAAAAUGCAAUCCGAGGUUGAGUCAUACCAAAAUCUACAGAAAUCUUGUGUCAAGGUGGUUAAGCAGCGCGCACUCCUGGAGAGUCAGCUGAAUGAGAAUAAGUGCGUACUGGAUGAACUAAAUUUGCUUGGACCAGACAACAAAGUGUAUAAGUUGUUCGGUCCCGUGCUGGUGAAACAAGAGCUGGAAGAUUCACGCCAGAAUGUUGGCAAACGCAUCGAGUAUAUCUCGAAGGAACUGAAGGGAUCGAGCGAUACACUGGAAAACAUGGAAAAAGACAUGCUGAAGCACCGUGAAGCAGUGGCAAAGUAUCAACAGCAGUGGCAGGUUGCGGCAGCCAUGAAGUGAAACACAUCCACUUAAAUUACUAUUUAUUCAUUAUUGCAAAGCACUUACGGACGUUUGUAGACAUCCGCAUUAACUUGAAAUCAAUUAAAUUUAAUUAUUUGAACUAAAAUUUGUGGUGGAUAACGUAAUACAAUAGUCGCUUUAGAAAUUCAA